GCUCAGGCCCGAGCCUGAUCAGUGAAGAGUCUUCUGUACUGGCAGACCCUGGGCUCGGUCCCGGGCGACGGAGGGUAGGAUCAGCCAGAGGUGGGCUCGAGUCCCGCACCUCCUGCGCAGCCACCCCAUGCCCGACGGGCGUGAGAGCGGGACCUGGCCGAAGGUGUGCCGGGGUUGAAAGAAGCGGCCUGCAUGCUCCGCUGGGCCCCCAGCCCAUUGCCUGGAAGAGCCCACUCUCCCUGGAAGAAAGACCAUCCUUGAAGAGGAUGACUGAGACGUUAUGGGCCACGCACUGUGUGUCUGCUCCCGGGGAACUGUCAUCAUUGAUAAUAAGCGUUACCUCUUCAUCCAGAAAUUGGGGGAGGGUGGGUUCAGCUAUGUGGACCUAGUGGAGGGGUUACAUGAUGGACACUUCUACGCCCUGAAGCGAAUCCUGUGUCAUGAGCAGCAGGACCAGGACGAGGCCCAGAGAGAGGCGGACAUGCAUCGCCUCUUCCACCAUCCCAACAUCCUUCGCCUCGUGGCUUACUGUUUGAAAGAACGAGGUGCUAAGCAUGAAGCCUGGCUCCUGCUACCCUUCUUCAAGAGAGGUACACUGUGGAAUGAGAUAGAAAGACUGAAGGACCAAGGCAACUUCCUGACUGAAGACCAAAUCCUUCCGUUGUUGCUGGGUAUCUGCAGAGGCCUUGAGGCCAUUCAUGCCAAAGGUUAUGCGCACAGGGACCUGAAGCCCACCAAUAUUUUGCUUGGUGAUGAGGGGCAGCCAGUUUUAAUGGACUUGGGGUCUAUGAAUCAAGCAUGCAUCCAGGUGGAGGGCUCACGCCAGGCCCUAGCUCUACAGGACUGGGCAGCCCAGCGGUGCACCAUCUCCUACCGGGCACCUGAGCUUUUUUCUGUGCAGAGCCACUGUGUCAUCGAUGAGCGGACUGAUGUCUGGUCCCUAGGCUGUGUGCUUUAUGCCAUGAUGUUUGGGGAAGGCCCUUAUGAUAUGGUGUUCCAGAAGGGUGACAGUGUGGCUCUUGCUGUGCAGAAUGAACUCAGCAUCCCACAAAGCCCCAGGCAUUCUUCGGCAUUGCGACAGCUUUUGGGCUCUAUGAUGACUGUGGACCCCCAGCAGCGCCCUCACAUUCCUGUCCUCCUCAGUCAGUUGGAGGCAAUGCAGCCUCCUGCUCCUGGCCAGCACACCACCCAAAUCUGAUAUGUUGGGAAGAUGACCUUGAAGAAGUUUUCAUCCUUCACUGGAACUCCUUCCAUUCUAUCCAGGAUGGCUGUUAUAGUUAGGGGCAAGGAUGGUGGGUCCUUGUGUUUUCUGCUCUCUUAUCCCAGUACCUGGGCUAGGAGCCUAGGGUGAGUUGGGGGAGAGUGAAACAAAGUAGGGCUCAAAGCUGGACUGCUGGGCGCACAUCAUGUUCUGCCUCCAAAUCUGGUAGCAGGAGAUACAUAAACAGGAGAAUAAAGUGAAAACGUGUAUUUUAGGUCAUUGUGUCUGGAGAGAAAAAGAACGAACCGUUUAGUUACCAUUUCCAAGGGAAUAGCCUGGGAAGAGGGACUGGUGUGAUGGCAAAGGCAGAUAGAGUUCUUAAGAUUUGACUGCUUGGCAGCAGACAGGUCUUUAAGCUUCCCUUGGUCAAAACCAGAGUCUCCAGCUUAAGCUGGUUUUCUGCCUGUACUGAGAAGUGGGACCAGGGUCCCUUUGAAAGCACACUCCACUAGUUCUGUCACUCAUUCUGAAGGUGGGUAGCUUAGAACAGCCCAGCCCAGCAGGUUUGCCAACUCCAUGACCUCUGGAUGGAAGCCUACAGGUCUCCCUCAGCUGAGGACAAAGGGAGUGGAACUGGCUUCCAUUUUUUCCAGUCUCCCUGACUAUUCUAGCUCAUACACAGUUAAUAAUUGAUGAGGCUAGUGGCCUGUGGCAGUAUCCAGCAGGCACUUCCUGCCCCAUUUGCUGAGUAAACAGGCACCCAGCCUUAGCUGGGCUUUAAACCAGUUCCUCAGGGAAGGGCACUGCGUCCCUGAAUCACCAGGGAGGGGAGGCAAGGGCAGGGUUGGCUGUCCUGGAGAUUUUGAAGCUUCCUCCCAAGCCAUGCCCACCUCUACAUGCUGACGUCAACCUGAGUCCUAGGGUGCCUAUUAGCGAAGUAUAAUUUUUCCCUAGGGUCCAGGCAGGCUUCCACCCCAAGCAGAGGCUGAGGCCAAAGGAAAACAAACAGAGGGGAGACGUCCUGACUUUUAAUAGCAUAGCUCAAGCCCCAGUAAGCAAGAUAGACAGCAAGCUCUGCAAAGCUGCUGGAGGUGUGAUGGCACAAACAACCAGGAGAUUGCCCUUGUUCCCGCCCAUCCCCCAAGUUUGUGAGGGUGGCUCUAUGCCCAGGAACUUUGGGCUGGCCCAGUCCCCAUUCCUAAACCCUCAGUGUACAACGAAGCUUGGGCCAGGCCUUGCUUCUAAAGCUGUUGAGUGAAGCAGCAGCAGCAAGAGCAAAAGCAGUCGAUCAUCCAACACAGAAGCCACUAGACACUUGGAAAAAAAAAAAAAA